UUCAUAAAAUUGCAUGUUAACGGCGUGUCUUCAGUCAGAGUGUUGCUCCACGUGUGUACUAUCAAUCACAGCUGAGUUUCUAAACCUGCUGGGUAAUGUAGUUUUUGGCGAGCGAAACGAGGCGAAGCGAGUAACGGUAAAACUACAAAGACCCACAAUGCAGUUCGUUGAAUGAGUGGAGGUCUAUAGCGGCGUGGUGGUCAGACCGGCCGGUGCGCAGGGAAAGUUGCAGCAGGGGAGCCAUGCGACCGGCUGAAACGGCAUUUUACCACUGUAAAUCGCGGCAGUCACAUUGACAGCGUUACACGGUGAUUUGAACUGAAUUACCUGAGGAGGAUGAGAAGAGCAAGAAUUAGUAUUAAACCCAAUGUCAGGCCAGGAGGUCGAAGUGUGGCGCCCGCAGCAGAGGACAAGAGCUCCCAAGGGUCCUCAGCUGUUGGUGACACCCAGAAAACACUGUCACCUUCUCCACAGUCUCAGCUGGAAGUCAAAGAGUCUGCUGUGGCGAUAGGAGAUGGGAAUGUGCCGGGAUCUCCAUCAGAGAAAGCGUCACUCAAAAUCAAUGAUGGAGUGCCAUCUAGUGUCAGCACACCUGCAACUACAGUACUUCAGAGGAGGAGCAGAUUCUCUGCCACACCAAACCUCGCCAGACCCAAAGUCCGUUCUGCUCCUCCUUCAUCUACUGGAAAGACUGUUUCUCUUCCAUCAGAGCCAUCCAAGACAUCCCCUUUCCAGGCAGCCAAGUCUUUUCCUCAGUCCCCCAUCCCUGUUGCUGUCAGCAGAGAUGAUUCACAAAACUCUACAUUCUCCGAUGCCACUACAGCAGUCAACUGCCCUCCUUCCUCACCAUGUCUUCCAAUCACAUCUGGCUGUCCAGAAUCUCCAUCAUCAACAGUGUCUCAACAUGAGCCUUGCCAAACUCCCCAAAAACUCCCAAAUGAGGAUUUCGGGCCCCAAGAAGGAGCCACUCCAGUUGCACGCACACUCUCGCCGUAUGUGAAACUGUCACGCGUUGAUGGACCAGGUUCUCCCCUCAGGGACAAAAUUUCUUCAGACAAGCAGCGCAUCUUGAGGGCCCUCAAACUGAAAGAACUGAUGAAGCUAGAGAGGAAGAAAGAAAAAAUGGAGAAAAAGAGCAGACGAUCUAAACGUGAGCAUUGCAUUGAGCCAGAUCAUGACAAAAUGACCUUAGCUGACUUCAUUUAUUACCUGCCAGAGUCAAACCCUAUGAAGUCCUCCCUUUUCACAGAGGAGACUCAGACACAGGCCACUCCUCCGCCAACCCCUACAGUGCAGAAAAAUUUGGCAGAAGCAGAUGAGGAGGAAGAUGAUGAUGCUGAUGAGGAAAUGCUUGUUCCCAAAGUCAGGGUGGCAGAAGAUGGCUCACUGAUAUUAGAUGAAGAAAGUUUGACAGUACGCGUUCAGAGGACAUCUGAUACAGUUGUCGAAAAUGCAAAUCCACUGUUUGAGCGAGGCUCUACUACUACAUAUGCAAGUUUCAGGAAAAAAACCUAUGUGAAAAAUUGGUCUGUCAGAGAGACUGAUAUGUUCUAUUUGGCCAUCAGUAUGGUGGGAACAGACUUCUCCAUGAUUGCUCAGCUGUUGACUCACCGUAGCAGAGCAGAAAUUAAGAAUAAAUUUAGGAAGGAGGAGAAAACAAAUGCAUGGCGAGUGGAUAAAGCAUUCAGAAAUAAGCGACCAUAUGACAGCGAGUUUUUCAGUUUCCUGCUGAAGAGGGUCUUAGCUAAAGACAAACAAAAAGGCAAAUCCAUAAAACUGGUCGUAAAACCCAGUAAAGCGAAGAAAGGCAAAGCUGGUAAAAAAGUCAAACAGCUUGAGGACAAAGACUCCAUUAAUGAUGAUGAAGAUGAUGAUGAAUUGUGCAGUGUGGACAGUGUCUGUUUUGAUUUAGAAAAGGAGAAUGAGGACAGCAGUAAUAUGAAUGAAGCGGAUGUACCGUCAAGUACAAGCAAGAAGCGUAAACGCACAAAAGAAACGAAGCCAAAGAAGAAAAACAAGAAGAAAAAAGGCAAAUGCUUAACGGAAGAUGAAGAUAGUGACCUUGUGUGUGUGGACAGUGACUUGGUGGAGGGAGACUCUGUAAACGCAGACAAUGAAGAUCAGUCAUGUAUGCCCGGAUCAAAAAAGGAGCGCAAACCAUCAAAAACAGAUGACCAGGAGCGGGAAGAAGUGAAAACAGAAGAAAAACAGAAGAAAAAGAAGAACAAAAAGACACUUAAAGUACGGAAUGAAGAGCCUACUGAUGGAGAAAGUGGUGCAGUGAAUGAGGAGAGCAAUGACGCGUCUGCUGUCCCAACUAAAAAACGGAAACGCUCUAAAAAAUGUGAGAAGGAAGAACAGGAACCUACAAAAAGAAAACAAAAGCCUAAAAAGAGCAAAACAUCACAGGAAGAGUGUGCUGGAUCUGAGCUGGGUGCUGAUGGUAGUGACAUCUCGACAACAGCCCCUGGUACAGAAGAGGAUCAAGGGGAGAAGCUCUUUCCAGACAGCGCAGUUAAGGAGGAGAUUUCACAAAGCUCCACCAAACGUUCAAAAAGGCCCAAUUUGGCAACAAGAAAAGCUAAAAUAGCGACAAUAGAGAUUGAGGAUACAGUAGAAGAAUGUCGAGAAGAGAGCUACAAUGAAGCAGAGAAUGAGUUGAGGAUCAUCCGUCUUGCUGAGGAACAGCUCCAGAUUCAGCCGGUAGUUGUUCUAGAGAGAACUCCUCCAAGGCUAAAAGAUUCACACAGCUCCUCUGCAAGCCAAGACCAACCACAGUCCACCCAGAGCCCACAGCGUUCUCCUGGAAGACAGAUCAGAGCGGAAAAGGUCAAGCGCAAUCUGACCGCUUCAGGUGAUGGUAGUGAAGUCUCAACAGCAGGCCCCGGUGUUAAAGAGAAUCUAGGGGUAAAGCUCAUUCCAGAGAGCACAACUAAGGAGGAGAUUUCACAAAGCUCACCCAAACGUUCCCCUGGGCGGCGGACGAGAACGGAAAGGGUCACGAAUAAUCUGGCUGCUUUAGAAGGGGAUCAAAUAGACCAGUGUCAUACUAGCUCAGAUCCAUCACCGGAGGACAUGAGCAGCACUGCUGUGCUGAAUCAAGUGGGCAUCCAAGACUCUAAAGAGAAAGAGGCUGAUCUACGUGUGGAGGAGGGUUCAAAUUUACAUAAUUUAGAGUUUUUGACUCCAUCUGAUGUAAAUGGUCAGACAUUACUGACAAGAGCAGUUGUGUUGUUAUCUCAUGAUGAAGUGAACCAGUACCUCAGGAGUCGAAAACAAACCACUGCAGAGGAAUCAACAGCAUCUGAGAGUCAGCAGGACACAACAUCUGCCAGAGACCUUCAUGUAGGAGAGAAUAGGGAUGGUCUCGAGGAGCAGGGGUCCUCUACUGGUACUCUAGAAGAGAACGUCUCUCAAGAUCAAGAAGUGAAGGAAACUGACACCGCCUCCAUUUCUGCCCAACAGAGCACUGCAGAAAAAAGGAGGUGGUUUUCCAAGCCCAAACCCAGUCUGAGCCAGGCAGCACAGUCUAUCCGCAGACCUCUGAGUGUACAGACAACAGAUCUUGAUGUCCCAUCUUUUAAACAUGGCUCAAAGCAGCUACAGAGUCCUGUGGACGUCCAAGUGAAGAUCGCCCCAAAUGAAGAGCCCAGGGACCGUCCUGAGGAAGAAAGCACAUGUAGUAUUAGUCCAAAAGAAAACAAUCCUCAGGAUGUUAAGGUUCAGGAUGAUGAAGCAGAAACCACUGUAGAUGAUCUACCUUCCUUAACAUCAGUUUUAAGUCCUCCAAGAGCGAGUAAGACAGAGGGCCAGGAGAUCUUACCCUUCCUUGAGAGGCCUCAGGAUCCUGACACCGAACCAACAGAUAAAGAUGUGCCUGAAAGAAGAGAAUUUGAAAGGUCUCCAUCUCCGAUGUCUGAAAAUGAAGAUCAAAUUACUGAUAAAGAGGAACAGGAUUCAGAGCCUGUUGAGUCUGAAGUCACCGACACCAUGAUUGAGGAACCUCAGGCAGAGCUGAAGAUUAUUUCAGUCAGCUGUUCUGCUGAUGGCUUCUCAGUUGAUACACAAGAUAAUAUUGCCCCAGAGAGAGACAGUCAGUUUGCUAAGCAAACACCCAACCUAGAAGAAACAUCCCUGGUCAUGACCAACCCUCAGCAGACCUCAGAGCCUAAUGAAGAUCCUGCUGAAAAGCCAGAAUAUCUGAGUCCUGUUAAAGCCAGCAAUUUGGAUCAUGACGAAGAGAACAUCUCAAGAGAAGAUAAGCUUCUGUCAUCUGAGGUGGAUUUACAUGAACGUAAACAGGAUGAGGAUCUCCUGUACCCAGUCCCAUUACUUAGCUCAACACAAACUUCAGCCCCAAAAGUUCUUAUGGAUGGCACUGAUGAAAGAGAAACAGAACCAAAUGACCCAGUUCUCAGUGAUGCUUCAUCUGCACCAUUUGAAGCUCACAGUCUGGUUUCAUCUUUUUCUGAACAUCCCAACGAACAUGCAAGCAACCUGUGUGAUAUGGACACGAUGCAGUUUAGUGAGUCUGCAGCUGAAGAAGUCCAAAUACCAGGUGACCAAGAUUCAGAAAAGAGAGACGGCACAGAAGAGCCAUCAGAAGCUUCUGAGGAAUGCAGUGCCCCUCUUAAUGAAACCGCAAAAUCUGAAAUUUCAGAUUCAACUGGAGUAGAUACAGGUGCAAACGAUAACCAGUCUGAGGAGGAGCCCACCUUUAUUUUGACUCUGUAUGAGAUUCCAGCCUCUCAGCUGUUUCAUGAGGCUGCCUUUGGGCAGCAGAGCACUCCCCCUUUUGAACUGGAGCCAGCACAAGUGCAGACACCCUCGUUGUUCUCAAGCACUUCACAUUCUCAUUCGUUCACAACAGAGGCUUCCAGUGCAUCUCUGCAUAUGGCGUCAGAAGAGACCAGUAAUCCAUGUGAAAGUAGUUCUCACAAGGUGGUGGAUGACUCCCUGGACCCCCUUUCAAAGAAUGCAGCAGAUGAUGCCAGUACACAAUUGAUAUCCUCACAGGAAAGCAGUCUGAACUCUUUAAUUAGUCCACCCGGGAUGUUCUCCUAUAAUUCUGCCACGCCAACAGAUGUGUCAAAGUUAGAUGAGAUCCUGAUAGAAUCCCCAGAAACUAAAGCUCCCACUCAGAGGAGAUGCAAGAUAAAGGUCAAGCCGAAACUAAAGCCUUGUGUGAAGGUUGGACCUUCAAAAAAUGACAAGUUUGACUGUUCACCCAGUCAGAAUCUACCAACAUCUCAAACUGUGAUUGAGUCAAACCAGAAAGCAUCUGCACAGGAAACAGCUGGUCCUGAAAUCCACUCAAGCCCUGAAGACAGUGAAAGGGGAGCCCAUCCUGGACCUGACGGUGUGAUAUCAACAACCACUGUGCCAGUCUCUGAAGAUGUGAGAGAUGAGAGUCAAGAUAAGUGGGAAAGUCCUCUUAGAACAGAACUCCAGAUGGACGAGGAGUCGGUUGUUGACUCUCCAGUGCACAGUACAUUCAUAAAGGAGUCUGAGGGGAAGACUGAAGUUGUUUCACACAUGGUGUUGGCAGAUGCCUUUGUACUCUCAUCAGGAGAAAUGAAGAAUGUUUUUGAUAAGGAAAAGGAAAGCCCUCAUGACAGUGAGCUCCAGAAACCCGAGGAUCAGUCUGUAUGCCUUACAAAGAGUGAGAAAGCCCUUCCUACAGUUAUUGGCCAAAAGGAAAAAAUGGCAGAUAUUUCUAAAAAGUCUGAAGCUUGCAAAGAGGCAACAUGUGUGUCAUCACCUGCAUCUGAAGAGAAGGCCACACCCUUUAGGAGAGGCAAGUUGCAAGUGAAGCCUAAAAUCCCCAAAAUUACUUCUAGUAAAAAUGAUUUCUCAGGACAAGAGCAGUCUGACUACGGGUAUAAUGAUCCAGCCACAACUCAAAUCACUUCACCAGCACCUCUGAUUAAAGAAGAAUCCAUUAAAGUGGAGCAGAGAUCUGAGCAAGAAGACUUCUCUGAUAUUCCAAAGAAGGAGUUAGACAGAGAGCCUGCUUCGUCUUCACAACUUCCACAGCUUACACCAUUCAGCACUGCAAAAACAUCAGCCUGGACUGAAUUGCAACCAGUGGAUCUGAAAAUAGAGGGUAGGCAUGAGGAUGCGUCGCACAUGGUGUUGUCGGAUAUAUUAGUGCCGGUUUCCACUGGAAUGGAAGAUGAUCACAUGGCGAGUGGAAGUUCAGUACAAAGCAGUGUUCAGAUGGGUGAAGAGAGCCAGCAGGCCGUCACUGCGCAAGCAGACCAGGAAACACAUUCACAUGAGGGUGUUUCACAUAUGCUGCUGACUGAUAUGUUGAUCCCUGUCUCUGAGGAAACGGAGGAUGAUCUGAGCAAGGAAAGGACAACAACUGGAGAAGGAAGCUCUCAUGAGGCAGAAAAGUCUCAGGUGAGAGAGGAGCCAGAUACUGCAGACCUGUCAUGUGCAGUGUCUCAAUCAUCAAAUGUGGGACCAUCAGUAUCACCCAAGAGGAAAAGACCCACUCAGGGGAAAGGCAAGUUAUUGGUAAAGAUGACAUUUCCCAAACGAAAGACUGGAGAUUCCCCUAAGAGUCCUAAGAGUGGCGAGCAAUCACAAACCAUGUCUACGUCAUCCUUAAUGAUGGCGUCAACACAAUGUAGUGCUGAGACAUGUGCUGUCUUGCUGUCCAUUGGCUCAGAGGACCGUGAGGAGGCAACUGGGGGCGUUUCUCACACGGUGCUAUCUGAUUUUUUGGUGCCUGUAUUGGAUGAAACUUCAGAAGGCAGUCUUCACGAAGAGGCCUCAUCAGCAGUUCUUCAAGACAAUGCAGUCAAAGUUGAGAAGUCAACAGAUAUUGAGAGACCAACAAAUACUGAAACGGAAGAGAUGAAUGCAAGUCAGUCUGUGUCAGUUGAAUGGAAAACACCUUGCUGUAGGAGAGGUACACUGCAUCCAGAGCCUAAAUUAUCAAAAAAAGAUGAUCCUUCAGAAACUGACCUCCGUCAGCCCAGCUCUACACAGACCUCGUUAGCUACACCUCAGCAGUCCCUGGACCCUCAAGCGGCAGAAUGGUCCCUCAAAAGCAAUAUGCUGCCCAUGGACUCAGAUGAGAUGGAGAACUGGUGUGAAGGAGUUUCCCACAUGUUGCUGUCAGAUGCAUUCGUGCCUGUUUCUGAAGAGACUGGAGAAAACAGCAUGGACCUAAAAGUGUUCAUCUCAAGCAGUCCUCACAGGGAUGAGCAAACCGCUCUUAGUCCGUCAAAGAGUGAAGAGGCACCUUACGAAAUAUCAAGUGAAGUACACCAGUUAAACACUACUUCUGACAUGCCAAAGACUGUGAAGUCAAAUGAGAGUCUGCCAGCAUCACAAGCAAAAAAAUCACCAGCAAGAGGUACAUUUCAGAUGACGCUGAGAUCGCCUGAAAGACGCCUUAAAGAUCAACCUUGUGUGCUAAAGUCAACUCAAGCUGCCCUGACAUUUUCUCAGCGAACUCAGACGACAAAAGUGAAAGACUCCGUGGGAACUCCAACAAGACAACAAACAGGAGAGAUCUCAAGUGUAUGCCGGGUACAGCUGGAAAGGUUAUCUGUGGAGGAAAUCUGCAGUGCCCAAAGUGUCCUACAACCAAAGCAUCACAGCACGCCUGUCACAGUGAAAACCACUUCUAGAGAUAAUGAGAUGCACAAGGCAUCUCUGGCUUUGCAUGGAAGCUCUGGUUUAGAGUCCCAUGCUGAUGAUGAGGAGCCACCUGUGCCAUCAGGAUACUCGCCAAGGGUUGUCCUUCAUCGUAUACCAUUAACGGCUACUGAUGAGAACACUUCCACACCUACCUCGUCCCCAGCCAGAACGUCAACCACACAAUCCCAAACACCGGCAGAUCAUCAGUUUCCUCAAAACAGCCCUCCUGUCUCUGGUUUGGAUGCUCAUAAGAAUCCUGAUCAAGUGUCCCACUUCUUACUGGAUGACAUCUUCACUGAAGUGGUGGAUCCGGAUUGAUUCUUAUGUGGGAUGUUCUGGUUACAUUUCACUGCUGCUAUUUCAGUUGAUUGCACUAGAGUUAACAAUGUGUAACAGUGUCAUACUGCUCAUUAUAGAUCUGUCAGAGAAUUGUUAUAAUUCUAAUAUUAGAAUUUUUUUUUUUUUUUGGUUAUGAGACUUGCAGUGGUACAGUCUAAGUCACAGCUCUGUUAUUUAUUUCUAUUUAUUUAAUGCUGAAUAUCGCACCACAUUGUUUUUAUCAAUGUGUUUUUUACUGAAUGCUUUUGAGUUUAAAGAUGUUUUGUUUUGUUCAUUGCAAAUAUAUUUGUUUUUAUUGUUACUGUAUGUUACUUUCUUUUGUUUUUCUUUCUGAGAGCAAAGCCCUUUUUGUGGGUUAUAAAACCUUCCCCCAGUGAAAAUUUAUUAAAAAAGAAUGAAAGAAUGUUAUAAAUAAUUAGAGACAAGUGUCAGUUGUAUUUUCAAUUUGUGCCACAGACUGGAUAUUACACUAGUGGAGAAGUUAUAAAUAAGUAAAUAAAUGGAUAUUCACUU